GACAACAUUAAAAAUCCGCUAAUUUCCGUGUUUUUCGGUUCGGUCCUGACCUGAAAGGUUUUCGGUCGGACCGUUCUUCUUUACAAACCUUUGGAUUUUACCCGUGUCCGUGUGUAUCUUCACCGAACAGGCGAAUACAUGAUUUACUCCACCGUCGUCGUAGUCAUCCUCCAUUCUUCCGACUGAGCGCCCUGUUCCUUUUUCAAUUUCACCAUAAUUCUGAUCCUCUCCGGCAAUCAAUCAUCAGAUCCUCUCCCGCAACUGCAUAUCCUUUGUUGCCUUCAAGCUUUGACUGAAGUUCCCCCCGUCCAUCCCCUUUCCACGGAACGCCUCAUCGCCGUCUCUGUAGUCUGUAUCCAGAAGAAGAAAAAAAGAAACAAGUUGUAAGAUUUUCACUCUUCAUUGCUGCAGAAUCUUGAAGGGUUGGCGGCUUGGCGCGGUCGGGGUUUCUUGAAUUUCUAGUUACUUUCCAAGUUCUGUUCUGUAUCAAACCCCAUUCAUUUCUCUUCUCCACGGCGCAAUAGGAAGAAGAAUUUGUCACCCGAAGAACGAUAAUCCUCGAGGGCGCUACUGAACAAUGGCGAAAGUAUCUCAGAUUCCUAACCUAGACAAUUCACCACUGAAUCUACGAUCCCUGAGGGAGCAGUCUCAGAGAGAGCUCGUCAACAUUCUGAAGAAUGUUCGAGGAAAGAAGUGCUUGGUUAUUGAUCCCAAGCUAAGUGGGUCUCUUUCUUUGAUCAUCCAGACCUCAGUUCUAAUGGAGUACGGGGUUGAACUGAGGCAUCUUUCAGCUGACCCACUGGAGACGGAUAUCUCCAAAAUUAUAUACCUUGUCCGCUCUCAGUUCGAGUUGAUGAAAUUUAUCUCUUCACAAGUGCAUAAUGAUAUAUCUAAAGGACUGCAGAGGGAGUACCAUGUCUAUUUUGUCCCUCGACGAGAAGUUGUUUGUGAGAAAGUGCUCGAGGAGGAAAAAGUUCAUCACCUGAUGACCAUAGGGGAAUACCCAUUAUACAUGGUUCCAUUCGACGAGGACGUGAUAUCGUUCGAACUUGAUUGUGUUAACAAAGAGUUCCAAGUUGAUGGUGACACAAGCUCGCUUUGGCAUAUAGCAAAAGCUAUUCACAAGCUUGAGUCCUUUUCUGGGUUGAUACCCAAUGUCCGGGCCAAAGGCAGAUGCUCUGUACGUGUUGCUGACAUCCUCACUCGCAUGCAGACGGAAGAACCAGUCAACUCGCAUGAUAUGGGUAUUCCAGAAAUAAACACAGUCAUCCUUCUAGAUAGAGAGGUGGACAUGGUCACACCUAUGUGUUCCCAGCUAACAUACGAAGGAUUGAUAGAUGAGUUUUUCCAUAUAAAUAAUGGUUCUGUGGAGCUUGAUGCAUCUAUUUUGGGUGCUCAACAACAAGAAGGAAAAAAGAUGAAACAUCCACUCAAUUCAAGUGACAAGUUGUUCAAAGAGACCCGUGAUCUCAACUUUGAAGUCGUCGUCCAGGUUCUCCGCCAAAAAGCAACCUCCAUGAAGGAGGAUUACGCAGAGAUGACAUCAACCAACCAGUCAGUUUCCGAGUUGAAGGAUUUUGUCAAGAAGCUCAACUCAUUGCCAGAAAUGACUAGGCACAUAAAUCUUGCCCAACAUUUGACAACGUUCACAUCUAAGCAAUCUUUUCUUGCACGACUUAACAUGGAACAUACAAUUGUUGAGGCGGAGAGUUAUGACAUAUGCUUUGAGCACAUAGAAGAACUUAUCCAUAAGCAGGAGCCUCUUAUUAGUGUCCUCCGUCUCCUCAUUCUGUUUUCUGUUACCAAUUCAGGAUUGCCCAAGAAACAUUUUGAUUAUUUGAGGCGGGAGCUACUGCAUAGCUAUGGAUUUGAACAUAUAGCAACAUUGAACAAUCUAGAGAAGGCUGGAUUGCUUAGAAAGCAGGAAUCAAAGUCCAACUGGCUGACUGUUAAGCGUGCUCUACAACUUGUAGUUGAAGAUACUGACACGGCCAACCCCAAUGACAUUUCAUAUGUCUUUUCUGGAUAUGCACCACUGAGCAUUCGCCUAGUUCAUCAUGCCAUUCGAUCUGGAUGGCGCCCCAUGGAAGAAAUCUUGAGACUGUUGCCUGGGCCUCAUUCAGAGACAAAAAGGGGUGGAUUUCCACACAGUGCAUCAUCCGAGUCAAUGUCUGUAGCUGGUGGAAGAGUGGCUGACGGCAGACGAUCCCUCGUACUCGUUGUCUUCAUAGGAGGAGUCACAUUUGCGGAAAUUGCAGCUCUUCGAUUUCUCAGUGCUCAGGAAGGAAUGGCUUAUGACGUGAUGGUUGCUACCACAAAGAUGAUCAGUGGCAAUAGUUUGACUGAAUCAUAUGUUGAGAAGCUGGGCUAGUUUUACUUGCUGCACAAAGAAACAGCUGACAGCAAACGAGCACUCGCCUGGGUAGUUUUACUACGUCUUCUCGCCUGAUCAGAUAUGGUCUUGUGUAAACCAGAAAUCUACUUGAUUCUUUGAGUCUUCGGCCUUGCGUGUCUCUUAUAGAAGUGAGCUUGAGAAUGCAAGUACCUGAGAGGAGUUGUUUGAUUAGAGAAGACUGACGCGGGAUAUGUUUGGAGUUCACUUGUCAAGUUGUAUGGUAGAGCUUUUCUACCUCUUAACUGAGAAUCUCGAUAGUUUCUGAAAAUACAUGAACAAUUCAGAC